AUGGCCAAAGGGAAAAAACGCACCCAGCGGGCGUUUUUGCACCAGUCCACGGGGCCAAACCCAUCGGAUACGUCACCGGGACCGGCGGCACCUCCUCCGGUUCCGAUAGCGGCGCCGCCGGUGGCGCCAGCGCCGCCCAUGGCCGACAACGACGACGACGACCCCUGGGCUUUGGACGAUCUAGACGACGAUUUGCUUGCCGAAGACAUCCAGGCGCUUGCUAAUGAACCAGUGGCGCAAGCAGCAGCGGCAUUGGCGCCAGAGGCGGCGGCUGCCUCUUCUCAAGUGCCGCCAAUUGUCGACACAGAGACUAACGUCAAUGAUCCAGAGCCAUCCACGCUGGAAAAUGCUGAAAUAGUUACGCUGACGGUUGAAGCUACCUCUGAGGAGGGUAAGGGAACCGAUGUGGCGUUGGCAGCAGCGGUGGGGGCGCCAGUAAGUGAGCCUCACGUCGUCACUCCGCCGACUAAGACCACUGAGCUGGCUACUUUGACUGAACCAACUACUAAGUCAGCUGAAACCACCGAACUGAAACAAUUGCAAGCUGACAACCAGGAUAAGUCUGUUGCAGCUGAGACUACACAGUCAUUGGCGGAAACGCCAUUGACGACCAAUGACACCUCAGAACCCAUCCCCGAAGCGAUUCAAGAAGCUUUGACUGAGACUCUACCCAACACCGACGACACCAAUGCGUCAGCACCUCAUGAAUCCGAGUCUCUGCCAUGGGAUGAUGUCGUUGAAGAUAUGCCUUGGGACGAACCGACACACCAAGAACCCACCCAACAGCAUCAGGAAACCACUCUGCAAGUACCGGAACCUACUCUGCAAUUACAGUGGGACCUGUCGAUUCAAGAGACCAGUCUGCUGUUGCCUUGGGAGGAGCAAAACCAGGCCACCACUCAAUUGCUGGAAAAGGAAGAACCUCAAUUGGUAACUCAACUGACAACUACUGAAUCCCAGCCUCGGGUGGCGGAAGCUACCCCUCAAGCACUGUCAUUACCCUGGGAUGAGGAACCCUCUACUAAAGAUGCUGAGUCUCUGCCGUGGGAUGAUCACGUGGCUGACACUGCCGAAGCAAUGCCCUGGGAUCUGACACCAGCUGCUACAGCUGAGACCAAGGCGACAGAACAAUCACAACCUCAGGAACCGGUUACAGUCGACAACAAGCCGGCGACUACCACUACUGACGACUUACCCUGGGAUCAAGAAGCAUCGAGUGAACCGUUACCUUGGGAAGAGAAAACCGAGGCGAAGGGGACUGUCACUGAAGCUAAACCUCAAGAAACUUUAAUUUAUGAGGAAGUCAAGCCUCAGGAGACUGUAACUCAGGAGGAAGCUAAGCCUGAGACUGUAACCCAAGAGGAAGCUAAGCCUGAGACUGUAACCCAAGAGGAAGCUAAGCCGAGCGUCACUCAGGAAGACACUAAGCCUCAAGAGACGACCCAGGAGAUUGUUCAGCCUCAAGAGACGACUCAGGAGAUUGUUCAGCCUCAAGCGACGACCCAGGAGAUUGCUCAGCCUGAGGCUAAGGUGGAGGAAAGCAUUACUACAGACACUCAGGCACCCGCGUCUGACUUACCUUGGGAUGAAGCUGACACUAAGGAAGCGGCUACGGGGUCGAUGCCGUGGGAUCAAUUGCAAGAGCCGUCACAGGCAGAAGCAUUACCAUGGGAAGAGAACGAAACUGCCGAGAAGGCUAAGGAAGAAGCAUUGCCUUGGGAUGAACCCAAGUCUACUGAACAGGCGAAAGAGGUUGAGACUUUACCUUGGGAUGAACCUAAGACUGCCGAGCCAAAGGAAGAGGAAGCGAUGCCGUGGGAAACGUCGCAACCUGAACAAGCCACUACCGCCGAACCAGUCACUAGCAACGAGCCUGCGACCACUGCAGCCGAACCAGCCGCUAGUGCUAUUGAAGAGUCACUGCCGUGGGACCAACAAGCGCUGGAGUCGAUGCCGUGGGACGAUCAGCCCGCUCAUACCAACGACGAACCCACAAACAAUGAGUCCGUGGCCGCCAGCGAACCGGUGUUGCUGACGGCUGCGGCAUCGCUGGCGUUGAGCGAGGUGUCGCUGACGAAAGGGAAAAAGCUGUUGGACGAAUUAUUGGGUGACGACGACUUGUUAUUGGACGAUGACUUACUCGACGAUGACUUCUUGGACGAUGAUGCUGUUGCGGCUCCAGCAGCUGUGGCUCCAGUAGCCGCGGCGGCCGUUGCGGCGGCUGGGGUAUCGGCAGCGUCUAAGUACGCAGCGCCGGCGACGCCAGCAGCGCCUUCGGCGGGGUCGAAAUACGCUGCCAACCCAUAUGCUCCCGCUCCUGCGGCGCCGGUAGCGACAGCUCCAGCAGUGAAUCCUCAAGCGCCUGGUGCGGCGCCACAAGCGGCUGGUGGUAGAAAGGGCUACGACUCUACUAAAGGGUACGAUUUCCCCGAUGACGUCAUUCAAACUACUAUUAAGCCGGCGGCGAGAAGAUCGGCUAACAAGUACGCCAAACAACUGCUGACGCCGGCGACUGCCGCUCCUCCUCAGGCGCUCCCUGCUGGUGGUGUCGCGCCUCCUGGUGUUGCUCCUUCCGGUGUUAACGCUCCGGGUGCGCCCUCAGCGCCUCAUGCGCCGACAGCGCCUACUGCUGCGCCUGCUACUGCUAAAGGACCUCAGCUGGGCUUCUUUGAAGACCUCCCCAUUGAAUUACCGAAGACAAAGCCUCGCGCUGCUCGGGUACCUAAAUCGGCCCUGACCACCGCUACGGUAGCCCCAACGCCGCAAGCGCAGUCGCCGGCGGUGCCUCAACAGCCGACGGUGGCGCCGCCACUGGCACCCCCUGUCAACCCAUACGCGCCGAAGCUGUCGCUGACAUCGGGCCAAAAGCGCCUGGCCUACGCGCCUCCCACUGGACCUACCGCCGGACCGGCCGUGCCUCCCACGGGUGUUGCCGUUCCUCCUUCUGGUAUGGUGCCUCCUCCAGGUAUGGUGCCGCCUCCUGGCAUGGCGCCGCUUAUGGCUAACCAGCCUGGUUUCGCUCAGCCAGGCGUACAACCGGGGAUGCCUCAACCAGGGGUACAACCUGGUUUCCCUCAACAGCAGGGCUAUCCUCAACCUGGUAUGGCGCCGCCUAUGCCGAUGGCGCCGGGUCAAGCGCCAGCCCAAGUGCCGCCUAUGACGUCGCCGACGGCGAUGGCAGUGCCGAUGGCUGGUCCCACCGUGCCUCGCGCUAGCGCUCCCUCAGGAGUCAAAUCGCCUCGGGCUCCCGCUAUCACCACUGCUCUCCCUAAAGCACAGGGUCCGCCUUCAGCUACGGCGCAAUAUAAUCCUCGCGCCGGUCCUUAUGCGCCCACUCACACGCGUACUCAUUCUCGAGGCGCUUCGUUAGUGGGGCUCAACGGUAAGGAUAUCAACCCGUAUGCACCCAUCGACCAGGCGCCACCGCAAGCGAUCCGGCCUCGAGGCAUUCUGGGCGCCGCCGCCAAAGUGGGGCAGCUGCCGUUGGCGCCGGUGGCGAAGAUACAGAAUCCCGAACAGCUUUUGCGCCGCCAAUUCCCGUUGUUUUCGUGGCUGGCGGGUAAGCUGGUGGCAGUGGUGAUGCCGCUGGCUUACGGUAAAGCCACAGUACGGGUAGUGGAGGCGCUGCUGGUGGUUAAGGAUGCGCUGACGUUGGCGCUGUUCCCUGGUGUAUCCAAGGGUAUGUCCAAGACUAAGCGGAAGGAGGUGGAGCUGUGGCUUGAACUGGCUCCCCCUCUAAGCGCUGACGACGACGUGUUAAAACGGAUUCUUUUGGCCCGUCUUAGAAGUGAAGACGACGACGCUACGAUGGCGAUUUGCGCUGCGCUCGCGCCCCACGUCAACUAUAACGAACAAUUCAUGACGGCGCCGGCGCUGAUCGGGGCGCUGGCGACCAAAUUGGACACCCAGGGAGUGGCGCACGUGUUCCUGUUGCUUCAAGCAGGGCAGGCGCUCAAGGCGGUCGAGUAUUGUCUUGAUCGCCAAGACUACGCCCUCGCGAUGAUGAUGGCGCCAGUGGCGGGCGCCGACGCCAGCGCUACCGUGGUCAGCGCCUAUACUGCGGCAAGCUGGGCGCCAGCGAAGCUGACGAACAAAGUGGUGCACACGAUGCCGCUUUUGCUUAAAGUGUUUGCUGGCGACGUUGCCGGCGCCUUGCGCGACUUGCUGGCGCUGGCGCUGCUGACGGAGUUUGCCCUUACCCACUGGCGUGACACCGUCGCCCUGGUGGUGGUGCUGAAGGCGCCGGCGGCGCCGCAAUUCCUCGCGGAGUACGCUAAGUUUUUGGGCUCUCACGGGUUGGCCACCGCCGCUACGGUGGUGUACGUGGUGGCGCUGGUUCCCCUCAAUCCUCAAGGGUUCGCCGUGGUGCACGCUGGGCAGCGCACUCCUAUUUACACCGAGAUCUACGAGGUGGUGACGGCAGCGCAACCUGGGGUGCCGCCUCCCGUACACUUAUUGCCGAUGAAGGUGGCGCACGCGGCGCUGCUUGCUGACGUCGGCGCGGCGCUGGCGGCGCAGAAGAUUGUCGACUCGAUUACCGCUCAAAUAAAGCACAUGCCCAGAGGGCUGGUGCCGUUACCUGUCCAAGUGGGGCUCCAGCGUGUGUGCCAGCGCCUUGAGGACCAGGGCGCUGACGCUCAUGGUUGGUUCAGCGGUAAAGGGUCUAAGCUCAACUUGGAUAAAGUGUGGGGCUCCUUGGAUAAGUUCAUCGGCGGCGAAGAAGAUAAGCCACUGGCGCCGAAGGAACAAGGUCCCUUUGCUCGUUUCAGCCCGCUGGUGCUGCGCCAGCUGCUGACGCUCGAUGUGACGUCGGCGGGGAUGUCUAGCGGCGGUUUCAACCCUAUGGACCAUCGCGGCAACAGCAUGCCCGUCUUACCAGUACAAGCGCUUGCGCCCGCCGGUGCUCCCCCUGCGCCCGCUGCCGCUGCCGCUCCGCCUACGGGUAAGUACGCCCCUGGCUACUCUGCUUCGGCCUCGUUAGCGGCGCCUUCUAAGGCAAAGCGUUUAUACACUCAUCUGGGCCUGCUGACGCUGCUGUUGGCCGACACCCACCUUGCGAUGACGGCGCGCGAACCUCUGGGGCUAGCGCCGGUGCCGCAAGCUCAUGCAUUGCCAGUGUCGCCAGUACCGCCCCAUGCGGCCCCCGUCCACUUACAUUCGGCGCCUCAAGUCCCGCAACACGUGUCGCAAGCGCCUGCGGUAGCGCCAUCGCCGUCACCGGCACCGCUGCUGCUGUCGGCACUGGCGCCCCUGGCGCCUCCCGCGCCCUAUGUCCCUACUCAUAAGCGGCAAACCCUGGGCGUUUCUGAAGUCAGUGUGCCUAGUCCCUUAGGUCAAGCGCCGCCGGUAACGCUGGCGCCCCUGAGUCCUGUGACUAAGCGCCCAGACACUGUUGCUUCUGAGGAGCGAGUGCCAGCGCCAGUGGUGUCAGCGCCUUCUGUCGCUCCUCCUGCCGCUGAUCCUCCUGCUGCCGCUGCUCCUGCUAGUGAGCCUGCAACUGCGCCUCCCGUGGCGCCUCCUGUGCUGGCACCUACCGAAGAGUCUACUGAAGCUGAAUCCACUGAUGACACUCCCGCUGCUCCUCCUACUGCUCCUCCUACGGCGCCGGCGCCACCACCUAAAGCGCAACUGAGCCAAGGUGAUCUCCCUGAUGACUUUGGCGCUAUCCCCAUGCGCCGCCCCGCGCGCGCUAAGGCGCUGAGAGGUAAGCGUCUGGACCGUUACGCUAGUGGUGGGGCUAAAAGCGUCAGCACUCCUAGUGUUACGCCUAGCGUCGCCACUGGCAGCGGCACUCCCAGUGUCUCGGCCGAGCCGGCGCCGGCAGCGCCGCAGCCGCCAGCGCAACCGCCAGCUUUAUCGCUGGUACCGAGCGCCCCUGUUGCCGUGGCGCCGCCGAUUUCUGUGGCGCCUCCUCAACCAGACGUUGAAGGUGACGACGAUAAGGAGGAUGAAUCGGCGCUUGCGGACAUAAGCAUCGAUUCGGCCGGCGAGAUCCCUAAGCCAAUGGCGCCGAUGACGCCAUUGGCGCCGCCAGCACAAUUGGGCACUGGCGCUGCCCCUCACCAUGAACCGUUGGCGCGGUCGCUUCAAAGAAAGGCGCUGCGACAACUGUACACUCCGCGCACCGGCGGCGUCGGCGGCGGUGAUGAUCUCGAUAACCCGUUGGACUCGUUCCCCAUUCCUGGCUCUCCAGAAUUUACGUCACGUGCUAACUCGGUGAUUGGCGGCCCUUCGGGUUUCUUCCUGCUGAAGCUUAGUCAGCUGAACCACCCGAUGUACCAUCAGUACGACGUUCAGGACGAUACCGUCAGAGAUUAUGUGCCCGUGAACGAGGAUGACGACGAUGAUCAUAAGGCGGCGGCGCGUAGAAAGCGCCAGCAAAAAGAAGAAGAGGAGAAGCAGCGUCAACAACGAAUUGCUGAAGAUAAAAAGCGCCAAAAGGAAGAACAGCAGCGCCGCAAACAGGCUGAAGGCCCCGGUUUCAUCUCCAAGUUAUUCGGUGGCAAUAAAGUGCAAAUGACCGAAGACGGCAAGAAGAUUUAUAAGGCGCACUUGGGUGGUAACCAGAUGUUCUGGCUGGAGGAACAUAAACGGUGGUUGGAUAAAUCGCGUCCGAUUGAGGAGCAGUUAGCUGAGGCGAAACCCCCUCCUCCUCCCAUGGGUAAAAAGAAGGCCGCGGGUGCUGGUGCUCCUACUGGAUCAGCAGUGCCUCCAGCUACUGGUGCUCCCCCUAGUGCUCCUCCUUCUCUGGCGGCACCCCCAGCAGCGGCAGCUCCACCUGCUAGUGCUCCACCUGCCAGCACCCCUCCCGCUGGCAGUUCGGCGCCUCCUACUGGUAGUGCUCCUCCUACUGGAGCGGCUCCCCCUCCUCAACGGUCAGCUGCCGCCGCUGCCGCUGCUGCCGAUAACCUUGACGAGCUUCUUGACCUUGGUCCCAAGCCAGCGGCGCGCCCUAAGCGCACCCGCGCCAAGCGCCAGUUCAUCAGCGUUAUGGACAACCCCCAAUAA